AUGCAGACCGAUGCUCCGGCUACAAAGUCACCGGCCUCGUCUCCAGAAGCGCCCUACAGCAUUUUUGAUAAAAGGCAAAAAUGGCUCAUUAUUGCCCUUGUAUCCACUGCUGCAACUUUAGUCUCCGGCUUCGCUUCAAAUAUCUACUUUCCCGCUCUACCGACCAUCGCGGGGGACAUGAACGUCUCCACAGAGCAAAUCAACCUGACUGUUACCUCUUAUCUGAUAUUUCAAGGCAUUGCACCAAAUCUUUGGGGUCCUAUCUCAGACGUCAAAGGGCGUCGGAUUGCGUAUGCUGGCACAUUUAUCGUCUUCCUCGGCGCUUGCAUCGGUCUGGCAGAAGCAAAGAAUUAUGCCACUUUGAUUGUUCUACGAUGCCUUCAGAGUGCUGGUAGUGCUAGCACGAUUGCUAUUGGAUCUGGCGUCAUUGGUGAUAUUACUACCCGUGCAGAGCGUGGAGGUUUCAUGGGUAUUUUCCAAGCGGGAUUGCUUGUCCCAGUUGCCGCAGGCCCAGUGAUUGGAGGUGCAUUAGCGGGAACUCUGGGGUGGAGAGCAAUAUUUUGGCUCUUGGUCAUAUACAGCGGCGUUUUCUUUUUGGCAUUGCUAGCUCUACUUCCGGAGACUCUGCGGUCAGUGGUCGCAAAUGGAAGUCGGGUUCCUUCGAACUGGAUGGCUGAAUAUCCGCUCAAUUUCUACCACAAAACUACAAAAGUUGAAUGGGAUCAGGAUACAACACCACCGCCUGGUGAGAAGAAGCGAAUAGAUCUCACUGGCCCAUUUUGUAUCCUUAUACGCAAGCAUGCUGCCCCUAUCAUCGUAUUCCUCGCAAUCUAUUAUGCGGUGUGGCAGAUGAGCAUCACCGCUAUGUCGUCUCUUUUCAAAAAUCGAUACGGCUUGCGCGAGACACAAAUCGGCCUGACCUUCAUCGCCAACGGAGUUGGGUCAAUGGUUGGGACAUUGAUCACCGGCAGAAUACUCGACAUGGACUAUCGGAGAAUUAAGGCUGAGUUUGAAGCUCGAUCAGCUGCGAAUAUUGAAGUAUGUAUGGAUGGGCUCCGUACGACUGAGCAAGAGGACUUCCCUCUCGAAAAGGCUCGUCUCCGACUCAUCCCUGUCUUUGCUGUGCUGCAAUGUCUCUCUCUGAUUUUGUUUGGCUGGACCAUCCAGUACUCAGUCCAUAUUGCGGUCCCAAUCAUUUCAACCUUCAUUACGGGAUGGACGGUCGUAUCUAUGCAAUCCGUUAUCAUGACCUAUCUCGUGGAUAUUUACCAUGAAAAGAGUGCGGCAGCUAGUGCCAGUAUUAAUCUCGCUCGAUGCUUGUUCGCUGCUGGAGGCACGAGUUUUGUCAUGCCACUCAUCGAUGCAGUUGGAGUUGGAGUGACCUUCACGAUAUGUGCUGGUAUUCAAUUGUUCGCAUUGGGUGGCCCGCUUGUACAGUGGAGAUUUGCUGCUGGGUGGAGGAAAGCAGAGCUUGAAGAAAAAAGCAGACCGGGAGCUUGA